AUGCUGAAAUCGAAACUUCAAAAAGACUCUCAAGAUCAUCGCAGCUAUCAGAGGAGUGUGAAUGACGCCUUUGGCAAAGCGGUGGAGGAUUCCCUGAAGAAGAAAAUGGAUGAGCAGAUGCUUCCAUUCAUACAAGCCUAUGAGCACCUGAAAAGAGAGAAUGGGAUGUUGAGGGCGUCUAAUGAGAGGUACAAAGAAAUACUUCGGAAACAACCUGGCAGAUGGACUGAUGAGGUGGAGGUGAAGCAGGAGCGUCUGGAAAAUGUCGAGAAUGACAGCUAUAUUAACCUACCUGCUUAUUUGCAUGGAGGGAAGAAUCCUGGCCAGGCAAAUGGGCCGGAGUUCGAGGUGAACGAAGCCAUGGCAAACGUGAACCAACAACCCGGGAGCGCCAAGGCCCCUGGGACACGGCGGUCCAAGCGAGCCAAGCGGUCCCCCCCACCCAGCGCCAGCGGCUCUCUGCCCAACGGAAACUCCUUCCCAGCUGCCGUCGCGCCACAAAAUCCACAAAUCAAAUCCGAAAACGGCGUUGCCACCGGCCCUGUGGAGCCGCAGCCGUCGGUCCAGGGGGGAGUGGGAUCGGAUGGUGCAGCGAGGCAGGUGUUGACAGGCGCGUGGAGCUACGCGGAGGCGCAGCAGGCCGCAGGCUUCGGAGCCACCGCGGCGCCCCCCGCGGACAUCCCGGCCUGGGGCGCCGGCAGCGCUGCAGCGCCGGACUCGCCCGUCCAAUGGGGCAGCAGGAGCGGGUCGUCCCCGAGGGGCCGAGGGGAAGGGGGGACGCCGGCCUUUGAGUGGGGACCCGGCAGCGUGGCGUCGCCAGAGAUAGAUUGGUCCCAGGCCGGCAGGGCUUCCCUGCAGACCGACGAGUGA